AUGGAAGAAGACAAAGCUGACGCCAAUGGACAUCAUGGCGAUGCUCCAGGUGAUACCGGUAACGCUGCUAGAGACGUUGAGAAUCCACCAGACCAGCUUGAUGAUGACUCGGCAGUAAUGGAUUGCCUCACCAACCGAUCAGAGGCAGAAGCCGCACAGCAGUACCAUGACGAAAUACAGCAGUACCAAGAUGAAGAAUCUGACACCAAAAAAGCUCAAGUAGAAGACAAAGACAAAGUUGCCAAAAGGGAGGCCAAAAAGACAACUAAUUCUCUUUCCACUGCUACCUGUACUACUAGAAGCCAAAAUGAGAUCAAAUCAGAGGAAGACAAAGCAACAACAAAAUUCACGGAGAUUGGGUCGGAACAAGCUGGUCUCCCAAACAAAAAAGAUACUGCUGCUGAUCCAGGUAUGCCUGCCAACACAGAUGCAGGGCCAAAUGCCGUUGUGGGUGCUCUUCCCUUUUUUCGUGGGCUUGGCAAAAACAAAUCCACGACUGUUAAGGCCGCCAAUGGAACAAGUUGUUACGAUCCCAGUAUCAUACACGAAGAACAGAACCCAGAGCAAGGAAAAUAUCCACCAACUGCGAUUUCUGCUACAGCAAGCGGCGAGGCAGUAGACAGAAACAACAAUCCUAUGGUACCAAUAAACCAACCAAUAAACGCACCUGGCAGUCAUCAAUCUUUACUGGAUGAUUUGGUGGAACGGAUUGAGCCAAUCCCAGUGGCACCUACAACAUUGCACCGAGGAGCCAACCAACGACCUCAAUCUCGUCCUGGAGCCUACACGGGCGAAAACUUGCAGCGAGUUCAAAGUCUUGAUUUUGACCUUGUGGUCUGGGAGUUGGACUAA